GUUUUUUUUUUUUUUUUCUUUUUUCAUUUCAUGAGCUCGGGCUAUAACGACAAUAUCAGCAUGAGCAACACAAAGAUGGAUUCUUGGUUGCUGGACCAUGACAACGUCACCCAUGCUGCCGACGAGAUCAUGGCAGACAUCAACGAGCGCAACAAGGUUGUUCGCCAAGGCACCAACGCAGCCACCUUGAACAGCGGCAUCCGCCGCAAGCUCGGACAGCUCACGACCUCGAUCGCGUCGCUCGAGCAAGCUCUGGACAGGGCUGGUCGCCAAUACACCAUCACUGACAAGGAGCUUUCGCGGCGGCAAGGACUGACCAGCGCGCUCCGCAGCCGCCGAGAUCAGCUGAACUCGAUGUUUAACAAGAAUAUGGAACCUGGUCAAGCAGAGGCCAGCAGAGACACUCUGCUGUAUGGUGCGCCAGGCAGGGCAUUUGGUCAAGGUGCGGCUCCAGUUGAGCGCGAAGACACGCAAGGCCUGGACAACGCCACUCUGCUGUCGCGUCAGCAGCAAAUCAUGCAAGACCAAGACCGAGGCCUGGAUGCGCUUCAAGCGGCCAUUGCACGCCAAAAGCACAUUGGUGUUGCCAUCGGCGAUGAAGUCGACUCGCAGAAUCAACUCCUGGACGAUCUUGAGGACGGCAUGGAUCACACCCACGGCAAGCUUCGGCAAGAAACACUGCACGUCAUGACAAUUACGGAGAAGGCCAAGACUGGAGGCAUGCUUUGCAUUAUUUGCUUGCUCAUCAUUGCCAUUAUCGUCGUGGCUGCCGUGCCCAAUUAAAUUGGCAAAGCGCCUUUGACUUUGUCUUGGAAUUGUUUUGAUUUUUUUUUUUCCGUUGUUUCUCCUUGUUUUUGUGUGUCUGUGUCUGUGUGUGGUGUGGUCGGCCCGCUUUCAUGCUGUCGAUAUUCGUGGCAUACUGGUGCUGCUGCUGUCUAGAUUUUGUCUGCUCAAUGUACACGUUCCGUCCAAACAA